AUGGCGCUUCCCAUUAUUCUCAGCCUAAUUGUCAUUGUGUGGAUUUCCUGGCGCCUGCUGGACGCCUUCUUCCUGUCUCCCUUUCACCGCGUUCCGGGACCGGUUCUUGCACGCCUCACCCCUCUCCGAGCGAUCUAUGCCCGCCUCCCUAACCGGGUCAUCCCCGCAGCCCUGGCCGACUUCCAUACCUAUGGGGACAUCUACCUCUCCAAACCGCGGACCAUCACAAUCAGCCAUCCCCUGGAUGUGCGGGCCAUCCUCGCGGCUUCCGAGUUCCAAAAGAUCGAUGUUUAUCAUGGCCUCAAUGACCCUGUCAUGGCGAACAUCGUCACCUUCAGUGACCCCAAGCUUGCCAGUCGACGGCGCCGGCAGAUCGGUCCGUACUUCAAUCCCAGCUAUUUGGCAAAAAUGGAGGAGCUGAUUCUGCGGAGCGGCUGCCGGGCGGUGGCGGACAAGUGGGAUCGACUGAUUGCUCAAUAUGGCCGUGGCCCACGGAAAGCUGUCAAGGUGAACUACCGCCACGACCUGCAGCUGGCCACCUUUGACAUUAUGAGUGCACUGGCAUUUGGCCGGCGGCUGGACUCCCUGAAGGAUGAAGGGGAGAGUGUGGCGAUCGUGGAAUGGAUCAUGGCCACAGCCGUCUAUGUCGGCGUGCGGAUCAAUUUCCGGCUGCUCAUGGUGUUUCCCUUCUCGCUGCUAGUGCGGCGCUGGACCAAGGCAUAUGCGGAGUUUGUUCAAUUCAGCAAGCACGCAGUGGCCAGUCGAAAGGAGCUGCUGGCACAAGGAUGCCAGAAGCCUGUCGAUCUUCUCCAGGCGUUUAUUGAUGCCGAAGACCCUGACUCCAAGGUCAAGAUGACGGCCGUGGAGGUGCAGGCCGAGAGCGUGGGCAUGCAGCUGGCUGGGAGUGAGACGACGGCCGCCUCGCUGACUUGGGCCGUGCAUUUAUUUACUUUGUAUCCCGAGUAUUAUCGGAUGGCUGUGGAUGAGGUGCGUGGGCAGUUUGGUCCUGACCAUUUGAUCACGUAUGCGGACUGUAAUCGGCUGGUCUUUCUCGAGGCUUUUGUCUAUGAGAUGCUGCGGUAUACGCCCGUUACAUCGAGUUUUAUGCCGCGGGUCUCCUUCAGCAAUGGGACCACCUUGCAGGGGCACUAUAUCCCACCUGGCACCGAGAUAGCAUUCAACCUCAUCGCCAUGAAUAACCGCGAGGAUGUCUGGGAGGAACCAGAGAGGUUCUUGCCAGACCGGUUCCUGAAAGAUCCCGAUCUGAAGCGGAGUGUCUUUGCCUUUUCGUAUGGGACGCGCAGCUGUAUCGGACGUCAUUUGGCAUGGAUGGAGAUGAUGACCAUUCUGGCGAAUCUGCUAAAGGACUAUGAUUGGAGUUUACCGGAAGACAGUCUGUACGGACCGCAUCAUGUAGACGAGAAGGGGAUCCCCAUUCGCAUGCCGUCCAAGUGCCAUAUAGUAUUUGCGCCGACGCAUCCAGACCGAGACUGUCGAUUAAUGAUAAGCCGGACACGGACCUAG